ACGCCGCACGCCCUUGCGAGGGCGUGCGCAGUUUGGCUGCUCCGGGGUUGGUCUCUGAGCUCGCGGGACUGUGCGGCAAGACGUUUGGCUUUGAAAUGCAGCGGGAUUUGGUGAGUUUCCCGCUGUCUCCAGCGGUGCGGGUGAAGCUGGUGUCUGCGGGUUUCCAGACUGCUGAGGAACUCCUAGAGGUGAAACCCUCCGAGCUUAGCAAAGAAGUUGGGAUAUCUAAAGCGGAAGCCUUAGAAACUCUGCAAAUUAUCAGAAGAGAAUGUCUCACAAAUAAACCAAGAUAUGCUGGUACAUCUGAGUCAGGCAAGAAGUGUACAGCACUGGAACUUCUUGAGCAGGAGCAUACCCAGGGCUUCAUAAUUACCUUCUGUUCAGCACUAGAUGAUAUUCUUGGGGGUGGAGUACCCUUAAUGAAAACAACAGAAAUUUGUGGUGCACCAGGUGUUGGAAAAACACAAUUAUGUAUGCAGUUGGCAGUAGAUGUGCAGAUACCAGAAUGUUUUGGAGGAGUGGCAGGUGAAGCAGUUUUUAUUGAUACAGAGGGAAGUUUUAUGGUUGGUAGAGUGGUAGACCUUGCUACUGCCUGCAUUCAGCACCUUCAGCUUAUAGCAGAAAAACACAAGGGAGAGGAACACCGAAAAGCUUUGGAGGAUUUCACUCUUGAUAAUAUUCUUUCCCAUAUUUAUUAUUUUCGCUGUCGUGACUACACGGAGUUACUGGCACAAGUUUAUCUUCUUCCAGAUUUCCUUUCAGAACACUCAAAGGUUCGACUAGUGAUAGUGGAUGGUAUUGCUUUUCCGUUUCGUCAUGACCUAGAUGACCUGUCUCUUCGUACUCGGUUAUUAAAUGGCCUAGCCCAGCAAAUGAUCAGCCUUGCAAAUAAUCACAGAUUAGCUGUAAUUUUAACCAAUCAGAUGACAACAAAGAUUGAUAAAAAUCAGGCCUUGCUCGUUCCUGCAUUAGGGGAAAGUUGGGGACAUGCUGCUACAAUACGGCUAAUCUUUCAUUGGGACCGAAAGCAAAGGUUGGCAACAUUGUACAAGUCACCCAGCCAGAAGGAAUCCACAGUACUGUUUCAAAUCAAACCUCAGGGAUUUAGAGAUACUGUUGUUACUUCUGCAUGUUCAUUGCAAACAGAAGGUUCCUUGAGCACUCGCAAACGGUCACGAGAACCAGAGGAAGAAUUAUAACCCAGAAACAAAUCUCAAAGUGUACAAAUUUAUUGAUGCUGUGAAACCAAUGUGUACAAGUGGACUUGUUACUUUAAAGUAUAAAUAAACACUAUGGCAUGAAUGAAUCCAGAUUAUA